AUGAACAAUAAUACAAGAAGGUUAAGUAGUAUUGGCACAACUAGUUACAGAUCUUCUUUACCACAAGCAGAAAGGGGUAAAAAGACUAAUUGCGAAUUAUGUUCUGAAAAAUUCAAUAUGAUGCAUAGAGAGCAUAUGUGCAAAAGGUGUAGUAGAAGCAUUUGUUCUUCAUGUGGCAAGAAUAAAAAAAAAGUUGUAGGUUAUGAAAAAAAGCCUGAGAAAGAGCAUAGAAUAUGCAAUUUAUGUAAAAAAGAAUCAGACAAAUUAGAGGAUAUGAUAAAAGAGUAUGGAAUGUAAUUUGGUAGAGACAGUAAGAUAGUGCCAAUGUGGCUGAAUACAAUAGGAAUUGAUAAUUGGCCAGAUAUCGAAUAAAAUUUUAAAAAUAUGAUUUAAGUCACAAAAGAAAUGCAAGAAACAUAAGCUUAUAAAUUAUUUUCGACUUCUCUAAAUAUUCAAUCCUACAAUAAUAAUUUUUAAGGAAAUUAUUCUUUUCAAGAGAUGCUUUUUUAUUGCCAGCAAGAUGUUAAAUAGAAAGUUCAUUAAACAGUUAAGGAGACUAUAUUAUCCUUUUUAUCUAAGUAUCACAGCACUGUGGGAUUCUCUGAUGAAUUAAUGAAUACAGCUGUAUUUCUUCUCUGUUUUAGCAGUCCUCCUAAAGUUUUUUGCAUUUUAGAAAAAAUUUACUCUGGAUAAUUAAUUCCAACUCACUUAUUCCCAAUUACCGAGGAAGAAUUCUCAAUUAGUGGGAAUCCUCUGAAGAAAUAGUGUAAUGAUUAAAUAUUAAAAGUUUUAAAGGAAAAAUUCAAGUGUGACUAAAACUUGUUGGGCAGAGUAUAAAAAUUUUUAGAUGAUUCUGGAUCAAAUUUGAUAGAGUCUUUACUAAUUGGUAAGGUAAAUUUUGAAACUAGUCAUGCUGUUUUUGAUUCUAUAAUGACAAUAAGUACUAGUAAAUACACUCAGUUAAUUAAAUACAUUGCCACUUUUCUAUUCAUUAACAGAGAUUCAAUUUGCUCAAAAUCUUCAGAUAAUCCAUUUGAAUUACAAAAAGAUAUGAUUGAUAAAACAUAAAAAGAUGAUUUAUUGAUAAAUUCUAAAUGGAAUUUAAAUGAAAUCCCUAUUCCAAUUUAUCAAGAUAAAGUAAAAGAUUUAUAAACUCUCAACUAGUAACUAAAAUAAGAGAAACAAACAAUAGAUGAUUUAAAUUAAAAGUUAAAACAAGAAAACGAAUCAUUAAAGAAAACAGGGAAUUAGUUGCAGUAAGAGAUAGAACAAAUAAUAAAAUAGAAUAAAAUUAAGGAAGUAUAGAACAAAGAAGAAUUCGAAGCUUAAAAUAAAAGGAUAAAAGAGCUUGACGAAAGAUAUAAAAAAGAAAAAACAGACUAUUAAAAGCAAAAUGAAUCUAUAAAAAGCCAAAUGGAGUCAACAAUAUCUGCUUUAUAGGAAAAAAAUAAGUUGUUGGAGUAAGAAAGAGAUGAUGCUAAUUCCAAAUUAAAAGGAUCUUAGAUUGAUAUGCAACAGACAAAAAUAAAAAUCGGAGAAGAAUUAACUACUUUAAAAAGAUAGCUGACGGAUGAGCAACAAAUUUCAAAAUAAAAAAAAGAAAAUUUUGAAAAAAUAAUUGAGCAGUUAAAUCUAGAAAUAUAGAUGCAAAAAGAUGCUUCAAAAGAAUUUGAAAACACAAUAUCUAAAUUAAAUGCAUAAUCUGAAGCUAAUAAGAAUGAAAGUUAGGUCAGAAUUCAAUCAUUAGAAGAAGUUAUAAAAAAAAUAGAGGAAGAAUUAAAAUGUAUGAAGGAGAGCAAAGAAACGGAAACUAAGAAUUUAAAAUAGAAAAUUACUGAAUUAGAGACAAGCAAUAAAGAUUUAGGUGAUUAAUUAAAAACAAAGACAAACGAAACAGAGGAUUUGAACAAAAAGCUGAAUGAUUUGGAAACAGAAAACAGCAAUAUGAGAAGAGAAUUAGAUGAGACAAUAAAAAAAUCUAACUCUCUUGAAAUCCUUAUAUAAGAGCAAUCUACUAGAAAUAGUUAAGAAUUAAAAGAUAAAAAUGAAAUAUUUAAUUAAUCUAUCAAAGAAAUUGCAAGAGUUAAAGCUGAAAUUUCAAGUUUGCAUGAAGAAAAUAAAUUAUUGAAAGAAUAGUUAGCUACAUCACAUAAAGAACUAGUUGAAACUAAAUAAAUUAAGGAAGAAAAAACAGUUUUAUGUGUUUAAUUAUCUGAAAAACUUUCUAGUUUGUAAGAAUAAUUUGAUGUUAAGAGUGAGUAGUUGGAUAGCUUAGAGAUUUCAUUGAAGCAAAAAUAAGAUAUUAUUGAUGGUUUAAAAGAGGAAAUUGAAGAAUUAGAAAAUGAGUAGCUGGGAAGUGCAGAAAAUAGCAAAAAAGAAUAAAACUCUCAGUUACAGUAAUUCAAAGAGUAAACUGAUUCCUUCUAAAACGAAAUCUAAUAAUUAAAAAGCUAAAUUUAAGAUUUAGAAAGUAAUCUUAAAUUUAAAAAUGAAGAAAUCAUCAAGUAAGAUGAGAUUAUUAAAAAUAAAUAAAAUGAAAUUAAGAUUAAUGAAGAGAAAGCUGAAAAUGUAAAACAUUAGCUCGAAGAAAAAGUGCUAUCUCUUUAAAAUAAACUUGAAGAAUCAAAUAAUAAAUUGAAAACUCAAGAAGAAGAAUCAGCAAAAGAAAUAGAAGAAGCACAAAGUUCCUUUUUAAAGCUUCGCUAAGAAUUAGAAGUCCUCAAAUUAUCUCUUGAGGAGAAUGAGAAUAAUCAUGCAUAUGAAAAGCAGCAAAUGGAACAAAGAGAAAUAGAUAAGAACGUUCUUAUAGAAGAGUAUGAAAGAAAAGUAAGAGAGCAGAAUUAAGAAUUGACAUCGCUCACAGCUAUGUAAAGAAAAAAUAAAGAAGAAAUUUAAAGAAAAGAUGAAACAAUCUUAGAAAAAGAAAAAAGAAUAAAGCAAAAUUAAGAUAAAUUAUCUGAAGUGCAAAAUGAAUUAAAAAAAUAAAAUUAGUAAUUAGAUGAAUACAAACAAUAAAAUUAAUAAUUGGAAGAGCGUGCUAUAAAUGCAGAAUAGGAAUUAGAAAGAGAAAAAAUGUAGAUUGCUUAGAAGGAAGAGUAAAUAAGUUUGACAAGAAAAUCUAAUGAGGAGUAAUCAAAUCAAAUAUAAAAUUUUUUGAAGGAGAUAUAAGAAUUAAAUAAUAAAGUGAAUGAGUAAGUAGAGUAUAUUGCAGAACUUGAGCAAUUGAAAGAAGAAACAAACUCCUAAAUUAAUGAAUUGAAUUAAGAAUAAAAGCUAAAGUAUGAAGAAAUGCAUAAAUAAAUUGAAAAAUUAUAAAAGUAAUGCGAUUUUAAAGACUCUUAAUAUUAACAGCUUAAAGAGGAGCUUUCUUCUCAAGACCAAGCUAAAGAAGAAAGGAGUAAUUCAACUCUUACAGAGAAAGAAGAGCGUAUCUAAAAUUUAGAAAAGAGUAAAUUUGAUCUAGAAAGUAGUCUCCAAGAUAAAGAAAACGAAUGUGAAAGAUUAGUAUAAUAGGUGAAUAAUUUUUAAUAAUAAGUAAAGAAAUUAAAAGAUGAUAUUUUAACAUCUACCCAAGAAACUGCUACUCUUAAAAAAUCAAUUUAGCUUAAGGAGAAUGAAAUUUUAGUGAAGCAAUCAGAAAUCACCAAGCUUAUGCGUGAAUCUUAAGAAUCUAUUGAUAGUAAAAACUAAUUUAAAGAAUCUUUAACGAGAGAUAUUCAUAAUCUCAAUUCUAACAUUUAAUCAAAAGAAAGAGAAAUAAUCUAAUUAAAGUCAUAAGUUUAAACUCUCAACUAGGAAUUAAGUGAGUUAAAAGAAUCUAAUAAUUAAUUCUAAAUAAUUAUAGACUAAGCAGAAUCAGAAAAGAAUGAGGCUUAAAGGACAAGUUUAUCAAAUAAAGCAGAAUUGGAUGAAAUAGAAUAAACUUAUUAAGAUGCACAACAAAAAUUAGAAGAAAAAAUAAGAAGUCUCUAAGAAAAGCUAUAAUUAUUAGAAUAAAAGAGUAAAGAAGAAAUGAUGAUGAGCUUAAAGGAAAAUUCUGAUUUGAAGGGAAAACUAAAUAUGUUUGAAGAAUAACACAAAUUAAAAUAUUCUGAUUACGAAAAAAAGCAUUAAGCAGAUUAAAAGUCAAUAGAGGAGCAAAAGAAAUAAAUUUCAACUUAGUUAUCGAAAAUAGAAGAAUUAGAAUUAAGCUAAGCAGCAAUUACUCAAUAGUUAGAAAAUUUAAAAGCAGAACUAAAGAGCAAAGAAGAAGUGAUAAAUGGGUUAAACAAUCAAGAUUAACAAAACUAACAUUCUAAAGACGGUCAAAUAGAAACUCUUAAACAAAAAUUAUUGUCAUUGGAAUCAGAGAAAUUAGAAUUAUAAAAUCAGGUUAAUGAAUUAGAAUAAUAACUUAAAAAAAUUCAACAUAAAAAUGAACAAUUAACAAAAUCAAAUGAAUAAUUUGUUUCCUAGUUAGUUGAGAAAGAAAAUGAAACAGAAUCCUUAGGAUAAAAAAUUAUUCUUCUAAACAAAUCGGUAACAGCAUAUGAAUAGAGCAAUAAGAAAUUAAAGUCAGAAUAAUAAGAUUUACUUGAUAAAAUAAGAGUGAUAGAAAAUAAAUCUAAAAAAUCUUCAUCACCUCCUAAAACUUAACCAAUAAACAAUAAUCCUUCCAAAGAAAAAGAACUUUAAAACAAAAUAGAUGAACAGACUUAACUUAUAAAGUAAUAUUAGCACUCUCUGGGAAAGUUAAACGAAUUAGAGGAGAGAAUAUAGCUAAAGAAUGAAGAAAAUUUAAUAUUGCAAUAAAUGAUACGUUAAAUAACUUCUAACAAUCCUAAAAAUGAGGGAGUUAGUGCUAUUGCUUUUGAUAAAAUUAAGUAAGAAAACAGUGAUUUAAAAGUAAAAAUGGAAAAAAUAAUGCUCAAAUAUAAAUAAAUAAUAGUCAGAUAUAUUGCUAAAUUUUCAAAAGUAGUUAAUUUGAAGGCUUAGCUUAGCGAAUAAGUUAAGGUUACUGAAAGUCUAAAAGGAAAGUUUAAGCUCCUUAAUGAAGAAGUGAUUAAAUUUGAAGAAGAAAACAAAGUUUUGAAGAGCUGUGUAACUAAAAACAAAAAAGAAAUAGAAGAAAAAGAUUAGCAGUUAGAAUAUUUAAGUUAACGUCAUUAAUAGUAAAUUAUUUUAUUAACAGAAGAAAAUGGAGAUUUAAUAAUUAAACACAAGCAGAUAUAACUGUAAUUAAUAACAGCAUCUAAUGAACUUAAAGUUGCUUAUAUGAAGAUCUUCCUAAUGUCUUUAGAAUACGAUAGACUAGUAGGAACAAAAUCAAAUGAGAAGGAAAAGUGA